UUUGUCUUUGGUGAGAUCAACAAUCCUAAAGAGACCACUCGAGUGUCUGUUUUUGUGAGGAUCUUGGACGUUAAUGACAAUGCUCCACAAUUUGCCGUGUUUUAUGACACAUUUGUAUGCGAAAAUGCCAGACCCGGACAGCUGAUACAGACCAUAAGUGCCGUUGACAAAGAUGAUCCCUUAGGUGGACAGAAGUUUUUCUUCAGUUUGGCCGCUGUUAAUUCUAACUUCACAGUACAGGAUAAUGAAGAUAACACUGCCAGAAUUUUAACCAGAAAGAACGGCUUCAACCGACAUGAAAUAAGCACCUAUCUCUUGCCUGUGGUGAUAUCUGAUAAUGACUACCCAAUUCAGAGCAGCACUGGUACCCUGACCAUCCGAGUGUGUGCCUGCGACAGCCAGGGCAACAUGCAGUCCUGCAGUGCCGAAGCCUUGCUCCUCCCUGCCGGCCUCAGCACUGGCGCUUUGAUAGCCAUUCUCCUCUGCAUCAUCAUUCUGCUGGUUAUAGUAGUCCUCUUUGCAGCUCUGAAAAGGCAACGCAAGACCGAGCCUCUGAUCUUAUCCAAGGAAGAUAUCAGAGACAACAUUGUGAGCUAUAACGAUGAAGGUGGUGGAGAGGAGGACACCCAGGCCUUUGAUAUCGGCACCCUGAGGAAUCCUGCAGCUAUUGAGGAGAAAAAGCUCCGGCGAGAUAUAAUGCCUGAAACGUUGUUUAUACCACGGAGGACUCCUACAGCCCCGGAUAACACAGACGUCCGGGAUUUCAUUAACGAGCGGCUCAAAGAGCAUGACCUGGACCCCACCGCACCUCCCUACGACUCGCUGGCAACCUACGCCUAUGAAGGAAACGACUCCAUCGCUGAAUCUCUGAGCUCAUUAGAAUCAGGUACCACUGAAGGAGACCAAAACUACGAUUACCUCCGAGAAUGGGGACCUCGGUUUAAUAAACUAGCAGAAAUGUAUGGCGGUGGAGAGAGCGACAAAGACGCUUAGCCUGGCACCCGAGUUCUGCUCCAGGAGAAAAAGUAACUUUGCGGAUCUUGUCUCCACUUCACAAUAUUUGAUAUUCAGGAGAAUUUUUUCCUGCCACUCAGCACAAGUUUUCCACUUAUUUCUUAAUUUGUUCAUUAAUUAUAUUAAUUCUUUCCUGUAGGAUGUCUCAUGGAAUAUAUACAACAUUUUAUUUAAUCACUUCCAAGAGCCAAAGCUAUGGAAAUUCAAUGUUGUCCAUCAUAGUAAAUAAAAGAAACCUGAUCAGGAUAGUCCUCCCUUAAGCAACCUCAUGAACAAGCCGCUUCUGUUAGAUACACGUCUUGCCCUUGCAAAUGAAGCUUUGAAAAGGCAAAGAAAACAUUUAAGAUAUAUCCUGUUCUGUACAUUAAGUUAAAAAAAAUAAUGUACAUGUGGUGUUGUAGGUGUGAUAUGCAGCCUGGUAUAUAAGCCUUUGUGCAAUUUCAUUUCAUCAAAUUCUAUCUGCUAAUGUUUUAUAUUUAUAUUUUUGUAUUUAUUUUUAAAAAAAUAAACCAGUUUUUACAACUA